UUCAUCGGAGUCAGAAUUGUUAUACUAAUAUAUUGUUGAUUCAUUAAAAUUAAUGAAAACUUUUUCGAAUCGCAGCUAACGACAAGAGUAUAUCUUCUAAGUGUGAUUAAAAUGAGUGGCAUUUGAGGGCGGCAUUUUAUCAACCCUCACAAUUUUUAAAUAAAAGAGAAAUGGGUCAGGACGGCAAAUGACAAGAUGGCACAAUCAUCUAAUCACCAAUCAUUUUUCCACUUGCAGACGUUUAGAAAAGGAAAAAUGGCCUGCCACGUGCUAAUUUGUCUCCUAUAAUACGUUUGUUUUUAUUUCACUGCAAAGCCAUACGCAACAAGUGGUAUCGGACAGAAAAUCGAAAGAUCAGCCGUUGCACCGUCUUUUCAGUCUUUUUUUUGUGCCCCUUUUACUCAAAGUUGUUAAUUGUGUAUUCGCGGGUGUGCGCGUAUAUGUUAUGAUGUUUGUUGUUCGACCUGCAAAAAUCAAAACAAAUAUGAUUCUGCUUGAAGUCAAUAAACAAAAUUAAGCAUUUUGGUCGGGAGUUUUGUCGCUACGUACGCAUAUUAUACAAUAAAAAAAGGAAAUACGGAAAUCAGUGUUGUGGCCGCUGACUAACUUGCAAUCAAGUUUUAAUCAUCUCAAUUAGAUUAAUUAACAACAAUCACGUAAGAAACAAAAAGUAACAAUCACAUCAUGUUGGACAUUGCUGUCCAACCUAAUGCAGUUAUAGCAAAGGCCAAUUCACAAACCUUACCGCCAUCCAGCGAGAUUUCAGCACACAACUCUACCGAUAUUGUGGUGGUGAAAGCUAAACCGAAAAAGGUUUUCAAGCCUAAGGCCCGACUUAAUCGCAUACCUCAGUCGUUACUGGAUGAUCCUCUUUUACAAAAGGCUAUUGAGCGUUUACCAUGCAAUUAUAAUUUUGAAUUGCAUAAGACCAUAUGGCGAAUCAAAGAGAUGAAAGCCAAACGUGUGGCGUUACAAAUGCCAGAAGGUUUGCUAAUGUAUGCCAUCGUCCUUAGUGAUAUAAUAGAACGUUUCACAAAUGCUGAUACUGUAAUUAUGGGAGAUGUUACUUAUGGCGCUUGCUGCGUAGAUGAUUAUACGGCCAAAGCUUUAGGAGCUGAACUUUUAGUGCACUAUGGUCACAGUUGUCUGGUACCCGUUGAUCAAACCGAAGGCAUUAAGGUGUUGUAUAUAUUUGUGGAUAUAAAAAUCGACCCUUUGCAUUUCUUGGAAUCUGUCAAACUAAAUUUCAAGCCUGAAGAAGGGCAAAUAGCUUUAGUGAGUACUGUACAAUUCGUUGCAACAUUGCAAGUGGCCUGCGCAGAGCUUAAAACCGCUGGUUAUGAUGUUAUAGUGCCACAAGUUAAGCCUUUAAGCCCGGGUGAAAUAUUAGGUUGUACAUCACCUAGUCUGCCGCCGACCGCAAAGAAAAUUAUUUAUUUGGGCGACGGUCGUUUUCAUUUAGAGUCUGUUAUGAUAGCAAAUCCUGAGAUAAAGGCCUACAAAUAUGAUCCUUAUGAGAAAAAAUUUACUAUUGAGUUAUAUGAUCAUUUGGCCAUGCAAUCAAUGCGUUACAAAGAAAUAUUGCGAGCCAAGAAGGCUACAAAAAUUGGAAUAAUUUUGGGUACUUUAGGGCGGCAAGGGAGUGCGCGUGUGUACAAAUACUUGGAAAAACGUUUACUACUUCGUGGCUUUAAAGUUACCACCAUAUUGUUAUCGGAAAUAUAUCCUCAAAAGUUGGCUUUGUUCAAAGAUAUUGACGCUUUUGUACAAAUAGCUUGUCCACGACUAUCUAUCGAUUGGGGUUCAGCUUUCGACAAACCGUUACUUAAUCCCUAUGAGCUGUCGGUAGUAUUGGGUGACGUAGAAUGGACGCCACAAAACCGAACACCCAAAGAAACGGCAUAUCCAAUGGAUUUUUAUGCAACUGGAAGUUUAGGACCAUGGACUCCAAACUUUAAGCCUCCACCUUUAGGCGAAUGUGAAAAUCGACCAUCCGCUGCGUGUUGCGGCCGCUGCACUCGUGCUGAACUUGAAAAGGAUCACCGUACAAAUAACUCGAAAGACGGGCUGGAAAUACUAAACGAUAUUUUAGAUUUUAGAAGAAGUUAAUUGAAAUAAGUAAACUAAUACUUUAUGAACUAAUUAUAAAUAUCUUAAAUAUGAAAUGAAAAGGCUCAUUUUAUAGAUACAUGCACAUAACCGUUCCGAUGUAGAAAUAUACUUAUGUUGAUUUUGUUUUAAUUGGUUUGUAGCUGUUUUCCUAUGAAUUGCCUACGUACUAAUUUAAUUUUUAAUUUAAUCUUUAAUUAGUUUUAGCGAUAUUUUUACGGAAGGAAGUUACGAUAAAAACAUGGAUAUAUAUAUAGAUUCUUCGCUGUCGCUCAUAUUGUAUUGACUGAUCUACUUAAAUUUUAUUUACCAUUUUAUUUAUUUUUCCAUCAUUGUCGUGGUGGGCAGUAUUUAUAUUGAAACGCUAUUAUUAUUGAAUCCUUUUUCAGUAAGAUGUAGUUAAAUUUAAAGUUUUUUUUGUUCUUGUGUAUUUAUGUUUACAUAUGUUUCUGUAUAAAAUGAGAGAUUGUCAUCCUUAUAAACGUA